AUGAAUAAAAUAUCACUUGAAAAGCUUCUAAAAGUAGACGCUCAGGACAAUUCAAAAGGAUUGAAGUGGAAAAGAUACUCGAAAUUAAUGGCUCAAACACCUUUGGAUUUUUCACCCACGCACAUGAAAACAGAAGAACAACCACUCGGAAAUGGAAAUAAUAAUAACCCAUCGUUUUAA